GUUGCUGUAAACCCAUACAUAGAUAACAAUGCCUGGACCAGCAGCUAGCGCUACCAAUGUUGCUGCAUCUGGACGAUCACCAAGUAAAGCUGUCGCACCCAGAACUGCAGGUUCUACCGUCAGACAAAGAAAAAAUGCAAGCAGUAGCACAAGGAGUGCAGGACGUACCACAUCAGCAGGUACAGGAGGCAUGUGGCGAUUUUACACUGAGGAUUCACCUGGUCUUAAAGUCGGACCCGUUCCAGUGCUAGUGAUGAGUCUUCUUUUUAUUGCAUCUGUCUUUAUGCUGCAUAUUUGGGGCAAAUAUACACGAUCUUAGAUUCUAUCCUCUCAGCUCUGGAAUACCACCAUCAGGAUUUGGACCAAAUGUUUUAUCUGAAUUAUUUUUCAGAGAAUAAACAUAUAAAAAAACUGCAUAACAUAAAGUCUACAUCGUGUGAAAGGAAAGAAAGUCUAAAGAAAAGCGUGCUAUAUAACUCAUCUGCUCAUUUAUAAUCAGCAGCUCCUUCACAGCAGUGGCACUGUCGCUCUAUCAAGAAGCUGCUUUCUUUAACUGGGAAGACCACAAGAUUAUGUAGUUUAAAACCAAAACAGUUCAAAUAUAUUUACAGUGGAUUAUUUUGCUCUAUAGUAGUAAAAUAAGUGUACUUUCUUUCUAACGCCAUAUCUCUUAACGGAUUGUAAGACUUUUCUUGUUCAUCCAUUUUGUUCAAUAAACUAAACUGUCAGCUUGUGUUGUAUUUAGUCAAUGCUGUUAAGUAGAAGCCUGCACAAUAUAUACAUUUCUUUUACAAAGUUAUGAACUCCACAAUGAAUUCAAUACUGCGCAAGUACAUUUUUUACCACAUUAAAGCCAACUGAAAGUCUAAUCAAGGAU